UGCAGGCGAGCACGUCGAAUCAUCACUCCGCGCGCAUCCCACUUCGCUGCAGCCGUCACGCCAGCUGCCAGCCCCAGCCGAGAUGAUCCUCUCAUCAGCAGCAGGAGCCGCGCGCGCUGCUCACGUUACAGCCGGCUGCCGUGCUGCGGACCCAAUGGAACCAGAGCACGCCUAAACUCGGCCGCAGGACCCUCUCUGCCAGCAGCAUCCCGAAUGGCGCAUCUGGGCAACGAUGCCACGCGCAGUAGCGGCCAUGCUAUGCGCUAUACCACGUUCGCUAUGCUGCGGCCGCCUUUGACUUUAUGAGGCGGGUCGCGACCUCAGCGCAUUCUCGCUCGCUUCUCCUCUGCUCUCUUGCUCCCUCCAGCGUCCAUCGCAUCGUCCUCAGCCGCAGCGAUGGCCUCGGGAUCGUCCUCGUCGUCUUCGGCGCAGCCUGCGCAUAUGGCUACCGAGGAUGUCAUCACGAAGACCCAGGUGUCCCAGAACUCCCGCAACAUGACCCAGUUCGAUCGCAUCGAUGAUGAGGAUUUGGACUAUCAUGGACACCUCAAGUCGUCGAAAGAGGAUGAUCGGGGCUUCACGCGGAAUGACCAGAAGGACAUGUCCCGUAUGGGCAAGAAGCAAGAGCUGCGGCGGAAUUUCAGAGGCUUGUCGACAAUUGCCUUUGUGGUCAUCCUGCAGGGUACAUGGGAGGUGUUGCUUGCAGCCUCAUACCAGGGCAUGUAUAGCGGAGGGUUGGCAGGGCUGUUCUGGUCCUAUGUUUGGACCUUUUGCGGCUUCUCGCUUGUGGUUGUCAGUUUGGCUGAGAUGGCUUCCAUGGCACCGACGUCGGGCGGACAGGGUUUCUGAAUUCGCGCCUGCCAAAUACCAGAAGCUGCUUUCAUACUUCACCGGUUGGAUGAGCACACUCUCGUGGCAGGCCGGCACAGCGUCCGGCCCCUUCUUGGUUGGUACUAUGAUUCAAAGCGUGGCCGCGAUCAACAAUCCGUCCUACGCAGGAACAAAUUGGCAAGGAACGUUGUGUGUCUGGGCUAUCACGAUCCUUGUCCUAUUCGCCAACGUAUAUGGUGGAAACGCCAUGCCGGUGUUCCAGAACCUCAUGCUCAUCUUGCACGUCUUUGGCUUCCUCACAAUCAUUGUCUGCAUCUGGGUCCUGGCUCCUCGAAAUGCCGCGAGCGUUGUCUUCACCGAAUUUUACAAUGGCGGUGACUGGCAGACCAUGGGUCUCGCACUCAUGGUUGGCCAGAUCUCUGCAAUUUACGCUUGUAUUUGUUCCGACGCGGCCGCUCACAUGUCCGAAGAGAUCAAGGACGCGAGUGUUACGGUACCCAGGGCCAUGAUCGGAUCCUACGUGUUGAACGGUGGUCUCGGCAUCAUCUUCCUGGUUACAUUCCUCUUCUCGGUCGUGGACCUGGAAGGUGCACUAGAGGCCGACUAUCCUUUCCUCUACGUCUUCCAGAACGCAUUUUCGAUCCAGGCCGUGAACGCACUGAGCUCGAUCGUCAUUAUCCUGAUCUUUGCUGGAACACUGUCCUACAACCUCUCCACCUCGCGACAAACAUGGUCGUUUGCUCGUGACAACGGACUCCCUUUCUCUGGCUGGAUCAGCAAGGUCAACACAAAGCUCGAAGUCCCCGCGAAUGCAGUCAUCGUGACUUGCGCCUUCACGAUUGUUCUCUCGUUCAUCAACUUCGGCUCGGACGUGGCCUUCAACGCCAUCAUCUCGCUGAACCUGGUAUCCCUGAUGAUCACCUAUCAAGUGUCCAUCGCAUGCGUGCUGUACAGACGAGUCUAUCAACCCGAGUUGUUGCCAAAAGCAAGAUGGAGUCUUGGAAAGUAUGGCGUUGCCAUUAAUAUUGGCGGACUUGCAUACUCGAGCUUCGCCUUCUUCUGGUGUUUCUGGCCGAACAUUCGCAACCCUUCGCUUGUGGACUUCAAUUGGUCGGUUCUUAUGUUUGUCGUUGUUGGAUUGAUCGCCGCGAUAGAUUGGGUGGUCAGAGCCAGGCAUGUCUAUACGGGGCCUGUGGUUCUUGUCGAAGGGUUUAGAGAUUACUGAGCUAGAAUUUGGCAGUGAAUGUUGAAGCAUAGGGCUUCCGUCCUCCGACGUGCCCUCCUUUCGGGCAUCUAGCUCCGAUUU